CGCCGCCGCAGAGCAAUUCGCGUCCCGGAAGCGGCGACAGCGGGGAAGGCGGAGGAGGCUCUUCGGUUUGCGACUUCAGAGAGGCCUUUGAAAGAGGCGCGUCCUCGGGGUGGGGCGGUCCUGAGGAAACGCUCCGGGGUCUAGUGGCCCUUCCAGGGCUCCCUGGCCGUCCCCGCCCCUCCCCCACCAACCCAGCGACCGGGAUGCAGACAUCAGAGCGUGAGGGGAGUGGGCCAGAGGUGAGCCCCAGCGUGAUGCCUGAGGUUCCCCUGGAGUCUCCACCUGCCCCUACCAAGUCCCCGGCAUUUGAUCUUUUCAACUUGGUUCUGUCCUACAAGAGGCUGGAGAUCUACCUGGAACCCCUGAAGGAUGCAGGUGACGGUGUCCGGUACUUGCUCAGGUGGCAGAUGCCUUUGUGUUCCUUGCUGACCUGCCUGGGCCUCAACAUCUUGUUCCUCACUUUGAAUGAGGGUGCAUGGUACUCGGUGGGUGCGCUGAUGAUUUCAGUGCCUGCCCUUCUGGGCUACCUUCAGGAGGUUUGCCGGCCACGGCUGCCUGAGUCUGAGUUGAUGCGGAGGAAGUAUCACAGCGUGAGGCAGGAGGACCUCCAGAAAGUUCACCUGUCUCGCCCCGAGGCUGUGGCUGAGGUGAAGAGCUUCCUGAUCCAGCUGGAGGCCUUCCUGAGCUGCCUGUGCCGCACCUGUGAAGCUGUCUACCGCGUGCUGCGUUGGGAGAACCCCGCCACAUCCUCGCAGUUCUAUGGGGCUCUUCUGGGCACGGUUUGCGUGCUGUAUCUGCUGCCCCUGUGCUGGGUCCUUGCCCUUUUAAACAGCACGCUCUUUCUGGGGAACGUGGAGUUCUUCCGAGCUUCUAAAGCCGUGAGGCAAUCUGGAGAGGCCCUGAGCCACAGAAACCUGGGCUUCUACAUAUGUUUGGUGGUGUCUGAGUACAGGGUAUGUCUGCAGCGGCGGCUGCAGCCCAAGCAGAAAGACAGCGUCUUUGAGAGCGCACCACCGCUGGAGGCUGAGGGGACGUCUGCUCUGCCGGACUGCACGCCCGCACCCACGCCCACAGAGGACCUCACGCCUGGCAGUGUGGAGGAGGCCGAGGAGGCUGAGCCCGAUGAGGAGUUUAAAGAUGCGAUUGAGGAGACACACUUGGUGGUGCUGGAGGAUGAUGAAGGUGCCCCGUGCCCAGCAGAAGAUGAACUGGUUCUGCAGGACAACGGGUUCCUGAGCAAGAAUGAGGUGCUGCGUAGCAAGGUGUCACGGCUCACAGAGCGGCUCCGCAAACGCUACCCUACCAACAACUUUGGGAACUGUACGGGCUGCUCGGCCACCUUCUCAGUGCUGAAGAAGAGGCGGAGCUGCAGUAACUGUGGAAACAGCUUCUGCUCUCGGUGCUGCUCCUUCAAGGUGCCCAAGUCCUCCAUGGGGGCCACAGCCCCCGAAGCCCAGAGAGAGACUGUAUUUGUGUGUGCCUCGUGUAACCAGACCUUGAGCAAGUGAGAAGAGGGGCUGGGGUCCAAAGUGGGCGUCGGUCCUUGGGGCCAGCAGCAGGCCUCACUUUCCUGUCCCUAGCCCCUUGUGGUGUGUGCUGGGCAAAUGUGGCCUGAACGCUCGGUAGGCUUCCCCUUCCUAUCCUUGCUGUCUCCAGCUGGGGGGGUUCUGGAGCUGCUCCCCUCUCUUGCGGGUGGCUAGUAAGUGGCAGUUCUCAAAACCCAGAGGGAAGAGGAGCCCCUGGAGGGUCUGGCAGGUUUGCCCUCCUCUGCCCUGGGCUGAAAUUAGUGGACUCAGAGCUGGGCAGGGAAUAUAAACUAGAGGGCAGUAGUGAGCUAGGCCUGGUCUCUGUAGGGAUCUCUGAGCAUCAGGGUGUCUCUCCACACACCUCACAAUUCUAGGAGACCACAGAUCAGAGACUGGGAGAAGAGAUUCUUCCUUUGCUGGUUCCUGGGCCAGCCCCUUGGCCUCUGAGAGCCUUCAGAAGGGCUUGGGCAUGGCAUAACCCAGCUCUGCUGCUUCAGGCAUCAGCAUCUCAUUGUUUCUCCACCAGAGGGUGUGGCCAGAGCUAACAAGACCAAAAGUCCUAGAUCAGGGUUGAAGUUUCCAUGUUCUCCCAGAGGACGGCGUGUUUAGAAGGGCCUGUCAGAGUCCUUUAGUAUUAAAUGGAGCAAAACAUAGGGAGCCCCAGCAGCUCAAAGGACAUCAGGCUCACCUUGCAGAAACUUUGACUUGCAGAAUCUCAGCCCACAUAUUACCCUGGUGACAGUCUCCCUGGGUAGAUGCCAGGCAUUCAGAUCACUCUUACUCCUCCUGUUCAGAGCCACAGGCACCCCUCCUCUGGCCCAGAGCUGUGUUCCCCCUCCCUGGCCCCUUGUCCCAUGGAGUGUGAGACAGGCGAGCAGAGUAGAGGUCCUGAAGCCCUUGACCCUUGGGGGCCUGGGAAAUGUAGGAUCUCUCCGGGCUGGGUCCUAGAUUCUGGUGCUCUUCCUCAGCAGGACAGUCUAACUUAAGGGUUAAGGCCAUGGAGGUCCCCAUCCUCUCUUCAAUAAUUGUAUGUUCACUCUGGACUCUUAGGGCACCAGUGUCUCUUCCUAAGCCUUGAGCGGGCUCAGGCACCCUUUCUCUCCCCUGGAGCUACCCUGCCUUUUUGAAGUAUUUAUUUAUUUAUUGCAUGGUUCCUGGGAACAUGUGGCACAAGGAGUGGGAUGGAGACAGUGGGGGGCUUCUCCUGCUCCAGGAUGCUUCCCUGGAGUCAUGGGCUGGCGGGGACCCAGGACCCAUAGGAGGCUGAGCAGGGAUCCGAGGAGGCAAGCUGGGGAGACAAGGCCAUCCUGGGCCAGCUUUCUGGGGCUAGUUAGGGCUCGGCAGCCAGGGGCCUGCAACAGGCCAGGGAGGUUCAAGUCCCUGGGGAACCAGGCAGGCCUCGGGCUCCUUUGUUAAGAGAUGAGAGUUAAGUACCCUGUGCUUUAUUUACACUGGAGAGGAAUGAAAAGGAUCUCUGUGUAUAUGGAGAAUUGUCAAUAAAAAGGCCCUCAAGCUUCUGA